AUGAACCAGCCUAUGGAUAUCGACCUAUCACUUGACGAGAUAAUCGCCAAGAAGCGAGCAGAGAGAAGAACCUCUAAUCGACACGAUCCAUACAAACGACCCACCAAUUCAUCUCCGGCUCCGCCUCCUAAUCAAACCAGGCGAUCUUCAGCUGCUGUUUCUCUCUCAACCAGUCCUGUCAAAUCGACUCUGACCACUCUCAGCUUCACCGAUAUCAAAUCCAAAUCAUUGGAUCCAUCAUUCCCUUCCUUCGCUUAUCGAUCUCUCGUACCGACCGCAGCAAACUUCAAGAUCCCAUCUAGGGAGAUAUCUGUAGGCAUAUUUCCGAGAGAUAUCACCCCGAACCAAAUUAGAGAUAUGAGCCAAUCUACCGUUGGCCCCGUACAGGAAUUGAGAUUGGAUAGUAAAGGUGUAGCGUGGGUGAGGAUGUUGAGGUUCCAAGGCUGGGAAGUAUGGAGUUUUCUUCAUGGGAAGAUCUUGGAUGGAACUCAAAGGCUUGUCGUUCGAGUAUAUCCUGUUCGACAUGGACCUGCAUCUCAUGGUAGAAGUGGACAUAGAAGGAAAUAG